AUGUCGGGCGGGCGGAGGCCGAGCGGCGGGCCGGGCGGCGGGCGAGCGGCGGUGCUGGGCGCUGUGCUGCUGUGGCUGUGCUGGCGGGCGGCGGCGGAGCGGCUCCGCUACUCCAUGGCCGAGGAGCUGCCCAGAGGCUCGCUGGUGGGGCCGCUGGCCCGGGACCUGGGGCUCAGCGCCGACGAGCUGCCGGCGCGCAAGCUGCGGGUGGCGUCUGCCGGCAAAAAGCAGCUGAAAUACUUCACGGUGAGCGAGGAGAACGGGAACCUGUACGUGAGCGAGAGGCUGGACCGGGAGGAGCUGUGCGGCGAGUCGUUGUCCUGCUCGGUCAGCUUCGAGGCGCUGGUGCACAACCCGCUCAACGUCUUCCGUGUCGAAGUGGCCAUUGAGGACGUGAAUGACAACUCCCCGGUCUUCAGGAAGGAUGCCCUGGACCUCGAAAUAGGUGAAUGGACGAUUCCAGGUGCUCGUUUUCCUCUGGAAAUGGCCCGUGAUGCGGACGUGGGAAGUAAUUCCCUGCUUACUUAUCAACUCAGCAGCAAUCCGUCCUUCAGUCUGGCCGUGAAGGAGAUCACGAGUGGAAAGAAGCAGCCUGAAUUAGUGCUGGAGAAAGCGUUGGACCGGGAGAAGCAGAGCUCUUUUGAACUUCUGCUAAAGGCAGUGGACGGCGGGGACCCAGCGAGGUCCGGGACUGUUCAGGUUCGGGUGAACGUGACGGAUUUAAACGACAACCCGCCCGUGUUCAGCAAAACCGUCUAUGACGCGCGAGUGGUGGAGAAUCUGCCGGCAGGUUCGCUGGUGCUGCAGGUGCGGGCCACGGAUGCGGACGCGGGGUCCAAUGGGCGGGUCUCUUAUACCUUCGGCAAUGUUCCAGAUGGCGUCCCCUUGUUGUUCUCUGUCGACAGCGAGAGCGGCGAGAUCAGGACCGCGGGACCCCUCGAUUUCGAGGAGAAGAAUAAAUACAGCUUCGAUCUGGAAGCGAGGGACGGGGGUGGACUCACUGGUCACUGUGAGGUGCACAUUGACGUCAUAGACGAGAACGACAACGCGCCCGAGAUCACCAUUCUAUCACUGUCGAGCCCCGUGCCCGAGGACUCGCCGGUCGGCACCGUGGUGGCCCUGCUGAACGUGAACGACCCGGACUCCGGCGAGAACGGUGAGGUGUCAUGCGAGCUGUCAGGAGAGGCGCCGCUGUCGAUCGUGGCGUCGUCGGGCGGCUCUUACAAGGUGGUGACGGCGAGCGCGCUGGACCGCGAGCAGGCGUCCGAGCACCGCGUGACGGUGGUGGCCCGGGACCGGGGCAGCCCGGCGCUGUGGAGCAGCAGGGAGCUGGCGUCGUACAGCGCGUACGUGCGGGAGAACAACGCGGUGGGCGCGCUGGUGUUGCGCGUUGUGGCUCGGGACUUGGACGCGGGCGCGAACGGGCGCGUGAGCUACUGGCUGUCGGGCGGCAGCGCGGGCGCGGCGGGCGCGGCGCCGCUGGUGUCGGUGGAGUGCCGCGAGUUCUUGGUGGCCGUGCGGGCGCAGGACGGCGGGUCGCCGGCGCGCAGCUCGACGGCCACGGUGCGCGUCUUCGUGCUCGACCAGAACGACAACGCGCCGCGGGUGCUCUACCCGCCCCCGCCGGCGGCCCCGGGAGCGGCGUCGGCCCCGGGCUCGGUGGGUUCGGCUUUCGAGGUGGUGCCGCGUUCGGCGUCGUCCGGGUACCUGGUGGGCAAGGUGGUGGCGGUGGACGCGGACGCGGGGCGCAACGCGUGGCUGUCGUACGAGCUGGUGCAGGCGUCGGAGCCGGCGCUGUUCCGCGUGGGGCUGCAGAGCGGCGAGGUGCGCACGGCGCGGGCCGUGUCGGAGAGGGACGCGGCCAAGCAGCGCGUGGUGGCCGUGGUGAAGGACCACGGCGAGCCGGCGCUGUCGGCCACGGCCACGCUGCACGUGGUGCUGGCCGAGAGCUUGCAGGAGGCGCUGCCGGAGCUGAGCGAGCGGGCGGCGGGCGCCGAGGCGGCGGGCGAGCUGCAGUUCUAUCUGGUGCUGGCGCUGGCGCUGCUGUCGGCGCUGUUGGUGCUGAGCGUGGCGCUGGCCGUGCUGGCGCGGCUGCGGCGGGCCGGGCCGCCCGGCGUGCUGCGCUGCCUGGGCGCGCAGCGCUUGUCGCUGGCCGGCGCCGCCUUCCCGGCCGACUUCUGCGAGGGCACCUUGCCCUACUCCUACAACCUGUGCGUGGCGGCGCCGCCCCGCUUGGCCGCCGAGGCCGCUUGGCCGCCGCCGCCGCUGCCCAUCGUGCCCGCGGAGGAGCUUGUGGCCGGGGAGCCCUGCGAGAAGCCGAGCCCGAGCAGCAGCGCCCUCCCGGGAGAGCCGCCCGCUGACCCCGACGCACCACAGGCAGGGCGGGCAUGUCUCGUUGGCGCUCGGUGCGUGCAGUGCCGGGAGGAGGCUGCGGGCGCCGCUGUUGACCGAGAGGAGCGAGAGGAAGGUCGGAGCGCUGCAGCCCCGCCCGCUGCGGCCCGGCUCGAUCGCUGGAUCGCUGGAUUCCUGGAUCGGAAAGCGGUUCGUUUUCGAUAUUCUCCGCGGUGA